AUGGUGAAGGCAUCUGAGUUUUCUGAAGGCCAAGAUGAAGAGGAAGAUGAUGCUAGAACCGUAGAGUCUGAUCCAGGCUUCAAAAUCGCAUCGUUGAUUUACCAGAGAAUUAUAUACAUGUAUCCAAUGCUACACAAAUUGGAAGCUAACAAUGGUAAUGGGACCAUGAAGCCUCAAAACAUUUCCAAAUCUUCAAUCUGCUCAAUUAACAGAAACCCUGCUGAUUUAAACAUGCCGGAAGUAGGAAACGGGUACAUGAUUAGAGGUGAAGACCUAAAAUUUGGGAAGCGGAUUCCUUUUUCAAGGAGGCAUGGCUUAGUUAAAGUGGAUCAGCACAAGUGGCAGAGAAAUAUGAAAGCCCUCUACCAAAGAGGAAACGUGCACCACAUUGAAUUUGAUGAGGGAAAUUUUUUCCAAGAAAAGGCACGUGAAGUGGAUGAAGAGUCAAAUGAAAUGAUUCUUAGAACAAGAAAUAUUGAGAUACAAGGAGAAACAGUGCUUGAAUAUUGCAUGGACAUUUUGUUUUCCAAGAAAAGGCACGUGAAGCAGAUAAUGAGUCAAAUGAAAUCUCUUUAGACGAGCUGGAAUAGAUACCAGUGCAACUACAAUGAUGCGGGCGAUGGCAGAGCUAGCUAGGAAACCGAAACUGAUGAAGAAAGCCCAAGAAGAAGUUAGAAGAUGCUUUGGAAACAAAGGAAAUAUCAGUGAACGAGAUACAACUGAGCUUCAAUACGUCAAGAUGAUAGUCAAAGAUACCAGAUUGCAUCCUCCAGCUCCAAUGAUUAUUCCAAGAGAAAACAUGGCUCAUUUCAAAAUCCAAGGUUAUGAUAUUGACUCCAAAACACUUGUCUU